AUGUCCGACGAUGAGCAGCACAACCACACUUUCGAGCAGGCCUCUGCUGGCGCCUCGCUCACCUACCCCAUGCAAUGCUCGGCUCUCCGUAAGAACGGGCACGUUGUAAUAAAAGGCCGUCCCUGCAAAAUCGUGGAAAUGUCCACCUCGAAGACAGGCAAGCACGGUCACGCCAAGGUGCACUUGGUUGCGAUUGAUAUAUUCAACGGGAAGAAGAUGGAGGAUAUCUGUCCCUCCACCCACAACAUGGACGUUCCCAACGUUAGCCGGACCGAGUACCAGCUCGUCAACAUUGACGAUGGUUUCCUGAACCUCAUGACCCAGGACGGUACUCCCAAGGACGACGUCCGUGUGCCUGAGGGUGAAUUGGGCAAGCAGAUCCAGGCCGCGUUCGACGAGGGUUCUGAUCUCUUGGUUACGAUCGUUUCUGCUAUGGGAGAGGAAGCGGCCAUCUCUUUCAAGGAAGCCCCGAAGGGAUCGUAA